UGGAUACCUGUAGUUUUGUAAUCCACUCGGUAAGACAGAAAAAAUGAAUGGAUCAGGAUCAAAGAUCAAAACUUUCAGCAGCAGCACUGGCAAACAGCAAUGGGCUCUCAAGCAGCAACCUUCCAGUUGUUUUCCACCACUUUUCCCAUCUGGGUUGCUUCAAAUUCAUCUCAAACAUCCUUCAGACCCUCAAAUUUCCCUCUCCAAUUUCCGUCUCGAUCCAAGGCCAUAAAACCAAGUCUUCUCAGAUUUCACAGAGCAAGAACAUGGGCAACCCUCGAUGAAAAAAACCCAAGUGUCACAACCCCUCUUGUUGUCCAGGAACCAGAGUCUAAAAGAGAAGUUGAGGAGAGUGUGAAAGUGCUGAAGAAUGCUGCAAAAACUAGAAAGGUUGCGGCUGAGGAUAUUAUAUCAGCCAUGUCUGUCAUCGAGAAGGCGAAACUCGACCCCUCGGAGUUUCUUCAAACACUUGGUGGUUCAGAGUCUCCAGGAAGAACUUGGAUGCUCAUUUUUACUGCUAAGAAGAAAUUGAAGGGUGGUCGUUAUUUCCCUCUUACUGCUGUUCAGAGAUUCGAUGCUGCUGCGAAAAGAAUUGAGAAUGGAGUAUAUCUUGGACCAAUUGGGGCCUUAACAUUUGAAGGAAGAUUUUCUUGGAAGAAUAGAAUUCUGAGUUUCAUCUUUGAGUGUAUUCGAAUAAAAAUUGGGCCUCUGAAACCUUUAGAGAUCAGUCUUGGCCAAAAAGAUGACAGAGAGCCAAGCACCAAGAAGGAUCCUUUCUUUAUUUGGUUUUAUAUCGAUGAGGAAAUAGCAGUUGCUCGAGGCAGAAGUGGGGGGACAGCAUUCUGGUGCCGAUGUAGCCGUGUCACCACUUGAUUUUAGUUUAGGAUCUUAACAACAGCAUGCUAGUUUGGAAAGUGUUAUGGGGUUUGGAUGAAAUAUGCUGCUUUGUACAGAUCUUUUCUGUUCAUUAGAUAAUAGUUACUUUGCUGAGAAACUAUGCACAUUAAAUAAUCAUCUUAGACUAUUCUUUAUUAUUUAUAUAGUCAACAGUAUUACAAGUGUCUUCCUUUUGUGGUUGACGUUUAGAGAAGA